GGGGGAAUCGUGGGGGAUCGCUCUCCUCGCGUCGAUCGCUUCCGCCGCCCGCUUCCGUAUGGCGCACGCAUUCGUUUCCGCGGCUCCUUCGCUUUUAAACCUCGCCCGGGUUCGAUCCCUUUAGCCCGUAAUUCCGGAUAGAUCCAGCGGCCCCGCGCCUCGUUUCGUGGUGAAUUUUGAGGUCUGUGGUGUAGAAGCGAUGCCAUCUGGAAUCAUGGAUCAGAGGCAUCUUUCUUUCUUUUCUGAGGAGCUUUGCUUCCCUACUGAGAGGCAAGUCGGGUUUUGGAAACCGGAGUCCAUGUCUGAUCAUUGUGGAACAGAAGGAUUGCCAUUAAUGUCGGGGAGCAAAUCGGUUUCGUCUUCUCCACUAGAAAAGCUGAAUCCCACUAACGGUGCAAAUGCAGUGGGUUCUCUAGAUCUGCCGCAGUCUUAUAUAUUUAAAGAUCAGAAAUCUAGAUUAAGCUUUGACAAUCGUCUGAUGGGGCGAGAGACGAUUGCCGACUUGUCUUCUGCUCCUUGGAAGGCCGAGUUCGGAUCCCACUCCGAUAUAUCGGUCAAAGCUGCGGCUCUAUUUUCAGAACGGAAUCCGAAUGGCUUCCACUAUGAGAAUGGGCAUUUCUCAAACUCCCUUUUUGAGAUGUUUGAUAAGAAAUUGAGAAUAACAUCCAGUAGUGCUCUUCUUGGCCAGUCUAUUGACACUGUCGACUCCAACUAUGCUGAAGAGGAGCCUUUUGAGUCGAUGGAAGAAAUCGAAGCUCAAACUAUUGGAAAUCUCUUACCUGACGAUGAUGAUUUAUUAUCUGGUGUUAUUGAUGAUAUUGGGUAUAUUAAUCGGCCCAACAAUGGAGAUGAUAUUGACGACGAUAUAUUCUGCACUGGAGGAGGGAUGGAGCUGGAAGCCGAUGAUAAUGUAAAUGGCAACAAAGGGGUGUUGAAUAUAAACGGCCCAUUUGUUGGGGAACACCCUUUCGGCGAACACCCUUCAAGAACUCUUUUUGUAAGAAACAUUAACAGCAACGUAGAAGAUUCUGAGUUGAAGAGUCUCUUCGAGCAAUAUGGCGACAUUCGAACACUUUAUACUGCUUGCAAACAUCGUGGUUUCGUGAUGAUAUCGUACUAUGAUAUAAGGGCUGCACGAAAUGCGAUGAAGGCACUUCAGAACAAGCCAUUGAGGCGUCGGAGGCUUGACAUACACUAUUCCAUUCCCAAGGACAAUCCCUCUGAGAAGGAUAUUAACCAGGGAACUCUUGUUAUAUUUAACCUUGACUCAUCUGUUUCAAAUGACGAGCUUCGUCAGAUAUUUGGUGUUUAUGGCGAAAUCAAAGAGAUCCGGGAGACUCCGCACAAGAAUCAUCACAAGUUCAUAGAGUUUUAUGAUGUGAGAGCAGCUGAAUCUGCCCUGCGUGCUCUAAACAGGAGUGAUAUUGCUGGGAAGAAAAUCAAACUCGAGCCUAGCCGCCCUGGAGGUUCAAGACGGUGCUUGACGCAGCCGUUGCCUCCAGAGCUGGAACAAGAAGAUCUUUUGGGUCACAAGCAGGGGAGUCCCAGCCAAUCUCCAUCUGGAUGCUUUGGUUCAGUCCCUCUUAAUGGCCUUGAAAGUGGGGCUAUCCAAGGCUUACAUUCUUCAGUUCGAACACCAAUAAGCUCAUUUCUGGAAACUGCUUUUCCCGGGAUUUCUUCGAGCAUAUCUCAGACUUUAUCCUCCCCUGUGGGUAUCGCAUCGAUCAACAAUCACAAUAAUCACUCGGUUCAUAGCGAGCUCAGCCACUCAUUGGGUCAGAUGAACUUGGGAUUCCACGGCCUCCCUGGAUUCCAUCCUCAAUCACUGCCGGAGCACCAUAAUGGAAUAACUAAUGGCAUAACUAAUGGCAUUGCUUAUAACUCAAAUGCCAUGUCGGCAACGGGUUCUAAUAUCAACGUGAGGCCUUCGGAAGGAAUGGAUAACAGAAUCUUCCAUAAAGUGGGCUCCGGGAGCCUCAAUGGCCAUUCUUUCGAUCAUAAUGAAGGCGCAUUUGCUAUGUCUGGAAGUGGAAGCUGCCCUCUCCAUGGACAUCAAUACAUGUGGAACAACUCCAGUGCUGCUUUCCCCCACCACCCUGCCCCCCCCAUUUUAUGGCCUAAUUCACCAUCAAUUUUAAACAAUAUUACUUCUCACCCCCCACCACAAAUGCAUGGAAUUCCGAGAGCACCAUCUCACGUACUAAACUCCGCUCUCCCUUUACCCAACCAUCAUGUCGGUUCCGCACCCACCGUCAACCCAUCUCUUUGGGACAGACGCCACACUUACCCUUCCGAGUCGGCAGACGCCCCUGCUUUUCAUCCGGCCUCUCUUGGAAAUAUUGCUUUCCCUGGAAGCCCUCAGUUGCAUCCGUUGGAAAUGGCUACUCGUAAUAUAUUUCCGCACGCCGGCGGUAAUAAUUGUAUGGACCCCAUUGUUUCUCCUGCCCAUGUUGGAAUCCCUUCUCCUCAGCAAAGGAACCAUAUGUUUCAUGGGAGGAAUCCGUUAAUUCCGAUGCCGUCCUCAUUUGAUGGCUCGAGUGAUCGGCUGCGAAGCCGAAGAAGCGAUUCAACUGCUAAUCAAGCUGAUAACAAAAAGCAGUACGAGCUUGAUAUUGAACGCAUUGUUCGUGGGGAAGACUCUCGAACAACGCUUAUGAUAAAAAAUAUCCCGAACAAGUACACAUCCAAGAUGCUUUUGGCUGCUAUCGAUGAGAAUCAUCGAGGAACUUACGAUUUCAUCUACCUGCCAAUCGAUUUUAAGAAUAAAUGCAAUGUUGGAUAUGCUUUUAUCAACAUGGUCGAUCCUCAGCAUAUUAUUCCAUUUUAUCAGACAUUUAAUGGUAAAAAGUGGGAGAAAUUUAACAGCGAGAAAGUGGCGUCGCUUGCAUACGCAAGAAUCCAAGGAAAAGCGGCUCUUAUUGCCCAUUUCCAGAAUUCUAGCCUGAUGAAUGAAGAUAAACGGUGCCGUCCUAUUCUCUUCCAUUCUGAUGGUCCAAAUGCGGGAGAUCAGGAGCCCUUCCCGAUGGGACCCAAUAUCCGGUCCAGAUCCGGGCGAGCCCGAACUUCCACUAACGAAGAAAGCCAGCAAGAAAACUCGCUAGCUUCUGCUAACGAAGAAGCCUCUUGCAGCGGAACCGAAACUGCUUCUGCUUCCACCAAAGACCUGGAGUGACCCAACGCGACCCGCUCCAGGGGCACUAACCCUAAAGUCAAAACCUGUAAUAUCAUCUCUUCUCCAUUUUUUGCUUUUUUUUUUUUUUUUUUGUUCUGUUCUCCCUGCUGAUCAAUUUUAUCAUCCAGAAUUGUACUGAUACUUUCUGAGACAUGGGUUGAUCACUCUAGGGUUUCUGUAGAUCUCCCAUCACCAAACUCACUGAGAGGGGAGGGGUGCUAGAGUUUUUCUUGGAUUUUGCUAUUAAAGUAACUGAAGACCAAAAAAGGCGAAAGGCGCAGGGAUGGCUUAUUUAAGAGUUUUGGAUGAUGGUAAAGAGUACUUAACAUUGUACAGGAGCUUCAAGAAAGAGAGAGAGAGAGAGAGAGAGAGAGAGAGAGGGAGAGGUCAAAGCUCGCCUGUGUCUCGCUAAUUCAGAUCGAGAAAGAAAGGCUUUCCUUGCAUUUUCUUUCCGCUUCUUUUUUGGCUUCGUGUGAUCUGUUUGUCUGUCUGUGUCUAUCUGUUUGCUUGCUUGUUUGUUUCUUUUUUUUGAGUUCAGAGCUCCUCCAUGCCGUUGCAGGGGUUCGUUUUUGGCACCGUCGUCAAGUCUUUGUGUCUAAACCUUGUUAAUGUAUACAUCUAUUAUAGCAUGAAUAUUUUGAUCAAUUGAUGGUUUUCAGUUUUAUUA